AUGUAUAUGCAUAUUAUUAUUUUAUUUAUUUUUUUUUUUUUACUUGUUCGCAAUUUUCCGUUACCAUACGCCCAGCCCCCCUUGUCGCUUCCUUCUGAAGGGCCAAUUUUUCCAUUUCAUAAAUUAAACCCCUGCGCGAUAAAAAAUUUCCGCGGGAAGUUUUGCCGAAAACAGGUGAGCGCAAAAGUUCGAAGAAGCGAAAUGCGAAGUAAGUCAGCCCGUUUGUAGGGAAAGCGGAGAAGGAAAGCGACGUGGGGGAAGAAGUAGUAAAAAAAGGGGAAGCGCGAAAGGAAGAGAGACACGAAACGAGAACAAUCGUGCAGACAUACUGCAUAGAUAUAACAUAUGUCAUGAUGCCCCCUCCAGCUCUGCAAAAAAAAAAAUGUGGAUAAACAAAAUUGGCAAUAAGAGUGCUUCCUUCAUAAACCACAAGCAUUUCCACCCAGGUAACAUAAAAAAUCUCGAAAGAGUAUGGCUAGCUGAAGAAAAGGAAAGAAAACGAAAGGAAGAAGAAGAAAAAUAUUUAAAAAAAAAGGAAGAACAAUACAAGCUGUACGUCUUAAAACAACAGCUUAAAAAAAAUGAGCAGGAAGAAGGAUGUAAAAAUGACCCACAUAGUCAUUUGUACAAUAUUAACGGAGAAGGUAAAAGAGGAAGCUCAAAGAGAAAGGCCAACGGAGUGAGUGUAGUCCAUCCGGGGUUAAAUGUCCAAAAUGGAAAUGAUGAAAAGGAGAAAACCUGUAACAAAUUAUUUGUCAAGUCAAAAUAUAGUGAAGACGUUUUUGUAAAAAAUCACAAAUCCGUUUAUGGCUCCUAUUACGACACGGAGAGAAAAAAGUGGGGCUACAGGUGCUGCAAAAGCAUCGACAAGAACGCGGUGUGCACGAACCAUGUACCCGAUGAUGUUACACCGAAUGAUGCAUGCGAUAGGGCCGUUAAAAAGGACCUAAGUAAGGCAAAAAAUAAGAAGAAAAAUAAAAACAAGAAAAAGAAUAACCGUGUUGAUAACAGCAUAACGGCCGUUUUGAACAAAUUUCUCUGA